UACAUUUUUAUUUUAUUUAAUAACAAUAAAGUUAGGAAAUAAUGUCAUUGAUUUUUAGUUUUAAAACUAAUAUUUUUGUUGCUAUUAUUCUUAAGACCAGAUUUAUAAGUAAAAAAGAUGGUACGGAGACAACGCGAUCAGAGUACAUCUGAUGAUGAAAUAGUCAUCGAUUCUUCGCCACACAAGAAACACAAACGUCACAAACACAAAAAGCACAAGAAACGAAAGUUCGACAACGAGUAUGAUAGCGAGAGUUCCAUUGAUGUCGCUUACGAGGAUGGUAUAGAUAAGUCAUACAAAAUGAAGUCGAAAAAAGACACGGCAAGUACGUCUGCGGCCGAUCUCUUAAAGGCACAAACUGUAAAAUCAUCUUCAGAUUCACGGAAGUCAAUGCCAGGAUCAUCAUCUAGUACUCCACCAAAAGUUUCAAAGAAAAAAAGAACAAAAGGUCGUGACAGUGGAACCUCAAGUGAAGAAGAGCGUUGGCUUGAUGCAAUUAAGUCUGGGAAACUCGAAGAGGUUGAUGAGGAAUUAAAAAAAAUAAAGCCUAAAGAUCCAAAAAUGAUGACUGCAAGGCAGAGAGCUAUGUACGAGAGAGGUACAGACAAAGAAACGAGUCCUGGAGGAGAGGUAUUACUUUCACUACCAUCAGGUUAUAAAGAAAAAGUUAUGACAGCUGAAGCUAUACAAAAAGCUGCAUUAAAAUCACAAAAAAGAAAACAACUUGCUGAUGAAAAGAGAGAAAAAGAUAAAAAGAAAACAAUGGAUCGCCUUCUGAAGAAGCAAGAAUCGAAAAAUCUUAAAAAUGCUCAAAAAGGGAGACCAGUCAGAAAAUCUGAACCUAUGAUAGUGUAUAAGAACAGAAGUGAUGAAAUAUCCUUAUCUCUUCCACCAGGUGUAGAGUUUCCUAUUGAAACCCAACCACCAAUAGAUAUUCCAAAACCAACAAUAUGUGGCGUUGAUGGAUGCAGUCAAAUAAAAAAAUACAGUUGUUCUAAAACAGGUGUACCAUUAUGUAGUCUUGAAUGCUAUAAGAAAAAUCUUGCGAGUUCUUGCAAAUAGAAAAUUAAAAAUGA